UUUGAGUUUUCAAGUUUUUGGUGAUUUUCUUGGUAUUAUUAAAUUAUUUUCUUGACUUUUUUUACUUCUUUUUUUGCUAUCUUCCAUGUUUGUAAGGAGUGGAGGUUUGGGGUGGAGUAAAAAUCUCAGCUUUAUCAGUAUAUGCUGCUGCUGAUGAUGAUGAUGAGUGUGUAAGGAUUUAUAUGGGUUUGGGGAAUCAAGAUUGCUUAUAAAAAUUUGAUCUUUGUGGUUCUUGAUUAUGCAAGCUUAGUUUAGUUCUUUGUGAAUGAAUUGUGAUAGAGAGAAAUCUGUAGUUUUCUCUGAUAUCUACUAGUGUGAGUUAUUUUAAUGGGGGCAAAUUUUGGAUUUAAUCUUUGCUAACUUGGUGGUGUUGACUGUGCAUGUGAUGGUGUAAAAUUCUCUUUUUUGGUGUGUUUACUAUGCUAAGACUGGUAAACUAUUUCCAGGGGAGAUUCCCUGGAGUAGGACUUUUAAUAAGUAAGUUGUGGUUGGAUUAUUUUUUUUUUGAAGGACGAAAAAAAAAAAGAUUCUUCCCGAAUAUUCAGAACUGGAGUUUGGGGUAAAUUUGGGAUCUGUUUUCAAACAUCUUGAAUGGUACUUUAGGCCUUGUAGUCGGGUUCUUUUGGUUCUGUUUUGAGGAUUUUUUGGUGUGUGAGGGGGGCUUGGCUCUCUUCAAAAACCACUGGAUUUUAUAAUAUUUGGUGGCAGAUUUAGACUGUUGUAGUGCAAAAUGUGCAGAAGAAUGAGCUAGUAAUGGCUGUGGCAGAAGCAAGAACCGCUUGGCAAAGAGCAGUUAAUCGAUGUUUGGUCCAGGAAGAUGCCAAACGAGCUCCAAAGUUGGCAUGCUGCUCAUCAGCAUCACCCUCAUCAAAGCAGGUUGAUGCUGGACCUGCAAAUGGUGCUGAUGCACAAAAUCCUUCUGGCACAUACUUCCUGCCUUUUGACAGGAACUCUUCAUAUUGUGAUUUAUCCCCUAAUUCAAGAUGGUGGUUGCAUCUUCAACCUAAUUAUGGGUAUCAAAAAGGCUUAGUGAGUGAACUGGUAGACUCUAUUGAAGCAGAGAUGGAGAAUAUUGGACCAGUUUUAGAUUCAAUCCCUAAAUAUAACAAGUUGUGUGAUCAGAAUGAAGCAGAUAGUAUUUGUGUGGAUAAAUUUACUGUAGGUGGAUCUCUAGAUUCUCAGGUUACAAGAUCUGCAAGCUAUGUAAACAAUGACUUGGGAGUUGGAAGCAAAGAACUGACAGAUGUGUUUACUGAGAUUUCCAAGGAUAGUCCUAACCUCGAGGACACAGGGUAUCCCAAUAAAGCAAGUAAGAAAGGUCUGGUUGAUCUCACAGUCGGAAAGCAGAUAGAUGAGCUUCCAUUUGAUACAGAAUAUCCCUGGAUUGGUGUUGAGAAAACAGAACCAUGGUGGCGAACUGCAGACACAGAGGAACUUGCUUUAUUGGUUGCACAGAGAUCACAUGAUUUUAUGGAGAAUUGUGAUCUUCCCCAGCCUCAGAACAAUUUUGUUAAACAAGACCGCGACGUGGAUGUUGACAGUAAGAUUUAUGCUUCUUCUACGGGUCCGAAAGCUGGAAGUAUGCACCAGCAGAAUACGAAUAUUUAUAAACGUGGCAAUCUUUCUUUUGAACGCCCGUCACAGUUAGAUGCUGAAGGGAAGUUGCAGCUUCACACUUGCAAGUCAUCAAGUUUGAAGAACAGUGACACCCCUAGCCAAAAGGUUGUGCCUGAAAUGAACACAUCUGGAGAUGAUGAAAGCAAGGCCCAACUACUAAAAGCACUUCGUCAUUCUCAAACGCGUGCUAGGGAAGCUGAGAAUGCGGCAAAGCAAGCCUUUGCGGAGAAGGAGCACGUUGUUCAGCUGGUCUUUAGACAAGCAUCACAACUUUUUGCCUACAAGCAAUGGUUCCAGCUACUGCAACUAGAGAACUUCUACUUCCAGAUUAAAAACAACAAAAAACAGCCAAUAUCGGCCAUGUUACCAAGGGUGCCCCAGAAAACUAAGAGACCGCAGAAGAAGUCUGCUAGGAUGAAACGAGCCAAAUGUGGCUGUCCCAAGUAUGACUUGAGCAGAUAUGCAGUUGUUUUUGCAUUAGGUUUGGGUCUUGUUGGUGCAGGUUUGCUUCUUGGGUGGACAGUCGGGUGGAUGGUACCGACGUUCUGAGCUGUGUAGAUUGUAUCCAAUUUUCCUGUUAAUAGUAGUUUUGUAAAGAUUGGUUUUACAGGGGAGUUGACUGGGUGGUUGUCUAUGUAUGUUAGUUGUAUGAUGAUCAUUUCUCCAUUUACUUUGGUCUCAGCUUUUAGUACUUGAAUUGAAAUUAAAUACUGAGCUUUCCCUCAGUUUGUACUUGAAGACAAGCAAGCAUGUAUAUAUUUUAGGCAGAAUCGUGUUUUUUCCUCACCAAAAUUAUGGUUUCUAUAGACUCUUUUGUAUUGUCAUGAUUAAUGGAUUUCUUAGAGUUGUUGAUUA